AUGGUUGCUGAAAGAACGAUAGUUCUUUCUCUUAAACGGAUUGCUAACCAAAACACGAUAGUUCUUUCUCUUAAACGGAUUGCUAACAAACGAUAUUUCUUUCUCUUAAACGGAUUUGCUAACCAAAACACGAUAUUUCUUUCUCUUAAACUUAUUGCUAACAAAACGAUACAAAACACGAUAUCUCUUUCUCUUAAACGGAUUGCUAACCAAAACACGAUAGUUCUUUCUCUUAAAUGGAUUGCUAACCAAAACACGAUAUCUCUUUCUCUUAAACGGAUUGCUAACCAAAACACGAUAUUUCUUUCACUUAAACAUAUUGCUAACCAAAGAACGAUAGUUCUUUCUGUUAAACGGAUUGCUAACCAAAACACGAUAGUACUUUCUCUUAAACGGAUUGCUAACCAAAGCACGAUAGUUCUUUCUCUUAAACGGAUUGCUAACCAAAGCACGAUAGUUCUUUCUCUUAAACGGAUUGCUAACCAAAGCACGAUAGUUCUUUCUCUUAAAAGGAUUGCUAACCAAAACACGAUAUUUCUUUCUCUUAAACUAUUUUCUUUCUUUCUUUCUUUCUUUCUUUCUUUUUUUUCACUCUGUUCUUUAAAAUGUUCUUUCUUUCUCUCUUCCUUAGUCUGUUCUUUCUUUCUUUCUUUUUUUUCCACUCUUCUGUUCUUUUCUUUCUUUUUUUUUUUCCUCUGUUCUUUAAAAUGUUCUUUCUUUCUCUCUUCCUUAGUCUGUUCUUUCUUUCUUUUUUUUUUUCCACUCUGUUCUUUAAAAUGUUCUUUCUUUCUCUCUUCCUUAGUCUGUUCUUUCUUUCUUUCUUUUUUUUCCACUCUGUUCUUUAAAAUGUUCUUUCUUUCUCUCUUCCUUAGUAUGUUCUUUCUUUCUUUCUUUCUUUCUUUCUUUCUUUCUUUUUUCCCAUUCUUUCUUGUUCAUUUUUGUUUUCUUUACAUUUUUCACCUCUUCUUUCUUGAAAAGACGCAGGUAUUAUCUUUUCUUCUGUUUUCACCCUCUAUCUCAGGAAGAUGCAGUGAAUCUGCUUUUUUUUUUUCCUUUAUUUAUAUUUGCCUUCUGUUCCACAGUUCGGUGGUUGAGUUUUCCCGUUUCAACUCAGUCCUUGCUUUCCAUAUCUAUCGACAACAUCCUUCAUUCCCUCCCCCGGCACCAAUCUAUCCCUUUCUGCUUUAA